GGCACAUAAUAUUGAUAAACAUGCCGUCCCAAUAGAACGUAGAACAUCUACCAUUGCCAUGAAUAAUAACAAAACAAUAAAUGCAAAACGUAAUCAUUUUCCUUUAGUAUCAGGAUGUGCCAUGACAAUUCAUAAAUCUCAAGGUGGAACAUUCGAUGAAGUAGUUUAUGAAUAUCAAAGGACUCAUUCUUUAUCAUUACUUUAUGUUGCUCUAUCACGAGUUACCAGUAUUGACGGACUCUACAUAGUACCAAAAGACAAUGAUAAUAGAUUUUAUCAUUGGCGAAAAAAUGAUAUAUCGAUCAUAUCUUUACAAGAUGAAUUUCGCCGAUUAUCGUUGAACACAUUGUCAACAAUAGGUAGAACGAUUCUCGAUUUUAUGAAUGACAGAAAAAAGUUGUCCAUAGUUACUUUUAAUUGCCAAAGUCUCAGAAAACACGUAUCGGACUUGAGCGAUCCCGCAAUUGAUUCAAGCAAUAUCCUGUUUUUAUCAGAAACCUGGUCAAAUGACGAUGAAAACAAUGAGAUCCCGAAUUUUGAUUGUAUUGCGAAAUUCAAGCGUAAAAAUGUUAGAUCAGCAGGAGUGGCAAUUUAUCAGAAAUCGAAUGAUACCUCGAAUAUAGUAACUUCGAACAUGGACAUUCUAUUACGACAUAUUCGUGAAGUUGAUAUUGGUCAGUCAUCAAUUGGUGAUAUAUGUGCUGCUCACUGUAUUUUGGACGAUGGAACAAACAUCAUAAUGAAGGCUUAUGAUUUAUGGUCGAGUAGGUUCUGAAGAACUAGGAGAAAACUAUCAUACGUUGCCACUAAUCUUAGCAGGAGAUUUCAAUAUCAAUUUCGCAUCCGAAGAUGGACAACUCUUGAUAAACUUUCUACGAGAUAAAUUAGAGUUACAAAUGAAUAAUGACCGUAAUGAGCCAAC